GCGUCUGAUACGGUCGGACUGAUUUUAUAGUCGCGAAGAAACUUAGAAAAUCGCGACCUUUUGCGCUAUAUAAUGGAUCUCCGAUCGUCAGUGCCUGUACUCAUAAUAAUCCUCCUCGUAAAGGGUGAAAACUCGAUCGCAGAAACCGUGACCGCGGAUUCGAGCACAAUUAAAGCAGACCAUGUGACGGAGCCAACGAGUAUAUGUACCGUGUGCUCUUGUUCAGAUAACUACGUGGACUGUAAUAACCGGAGCUUGGAGACACAUUUCGAGAAAGAACGAUGGUUGGACACAACGGCCAAAGUAAUCUCGUUCGAGCGUAAUCGCCUGGUGCAUGUCACGCCCUUCCCGCGGAUAAUAGUUGAGAGACUGAUUCUGCGAAGAAAUCGUAUCGCCAGGAUAGAUUAUGGCGCUUUCAAGGAGCUUGUUAAUCUCACCGAAUUAGACCUGAGUCAUAACCAGCUUACGUCGCAAAUGCUACAGCCUCACAUUUUCGAGGGGAAGUUUUCGUCAGAAGCGUACGAGCCUCUGUCGAACCUGCGAAUUUUGAACCUGGGUAACAACAUACUCCAUUGGUUACAUCAGAGUGUAUUCGAGCACAUUGCCGACCUCGAGGUGUUGAAUCUGUCCGGAAAUCCUUUCGGCGUGUUAGAUUAUCGUACGUCCAUAGCGAUCAGUAGCUUGUCGUAUUUGGAAGAAUUGGACAUCAGUUACUGCCAAUUGCGAGAACUACCGAAUCAUCAGUUCCACAAUGCCAAACACCUGAAGAAACUGAACCUGACCAGCAACCAGCUCACAGUUUUGCCCAACUCACUGGAAGAGGCCGGGACCUUGGAGUACCUUAGCUUGGAUGGCAAUCCGAUACGCGCUAUCGAUCGCACGAAUGCUUUCCCCGACCUGAAGAUGCUGCGAGAACUUAGUCUACGCGGGAUGUCGAAUCUGACGGUGAUCGGGAACGGCGGGCUGUCGGCGUUGACCGGCCUGGAGAGUCUCUACGUAGAGAAUUGCUGGAAAUUAGAGAGGAUUGAGGAGUACGCGAUGGCGCUUACGACCACCGAGGGCACGAUGUGGCCGCCGUUGAAAAAGCUGAACAUGGCGUCCAAUGCUCUCCGGUAUCUACCAAUGCUACUCGUCGGAAGAUGGGACAAGCUCGAGGAAUUGCGCCUGACGGGCAACCAGUGGAGCUGCGAUUGCAAUAAUCAAUAUCUGAUCGGAACCGUAUUGCCGGAAUACGGCGACGUGCUAAUGGGAGUCAACGAGGUCGACAAGCUCACCUGUUCCGCGCCGCCGGAACACGAGGGGGAGAAGCUCGCGUCCCUGGCUGAUCGACAGCUACGUUGCUUGGAUCUGUACAACGCGAGACCGGAAAAGGAUGCCGCGAUACUCGUAGGAGUGCUGAUCGGCCUACUUAUCGCGAUCCCAAUCGGCAUGACCUUCUUCAUCCUUUGGCGGCGCGGCUUCUUUUUCUGUGGAUCGCAAGGCCCUGGCAGCUUUUCUCGCGCUUUCUACAAACGCGCGUCCAAUGACGAUGACAUUUAACACACACAUUCACAAAUAUACAUUUUUUAUAGCU